UGCGCAACGCGGGGUGCGUAUCACGACAAAAUAGAGGAGCGGGUGGACUGAUAACGCGAUCUCGUCCGUUAUAACUUUGAUUACAUGCACUAUUUUAAAUAUUUUAUAUAUAUAAUAGAUUUGGCGGAAGACUUACACUGAAAGUUGUGCGUUUAGACUAUAGAUGCAUGCUCGGUUUUGCCUUUGACAGUUUCAGUGCUGAAGCAGUUAAGGUAAUAAAAUUAUAAGCGUAUAAAGAUGAAUACAGUCUCUUGGGGUUGAAAGUCUUUUCUAAUGAGGAUAUAUGAGGCCAUUUUAGACACGAAGCAUUGCUGAAAUCGCUAUAAUCAUCCAGCCGACGAGGAGGAGGUGGAGGAUUUUGGAUUUGUGCCUCUUCAAGAGAAGCAAGGUGCGGUUCAAACUAUUAUUAUGUAUGCAUGCAUUCAUCAAUAUUUUAUUUUUCAUCGCCAUUCUGAUUAUGUUUAAUAACGCUCUGUAUUGCGGUAUUAAGCAAAGAUGUUGAAACGUAUAUAUAGGCAGGUUGCGCAGGAUUUUGUGGAGUCCCAUCCCAUCUGUGAGGUGCACGAGAAGAUUCUCCCAAAAACGCAGAGGUCUAGUGCGCAUUCUCACAUUACAGCCCAACUAACGCAUGUACAUUUAUCUUUUAGAGGUUUUCUUCCGAAGCUUUAUUAGACGAGGACAGGUAUUUAAACAGUAUUUUUAAAGUAUGGAUAAAUAAAUCCAAAAUAAUGCCGUGCAAAAUAAAUCUGUAAACAGAUAUUUGUUUAGCUGGAUUUUUAGUGAAAUCUCUUUGUGUAGAAUUCACUUCGAAGAGUUUUGACAUUUGGAAGGAAUUUCUUGUUUUCACAUUCACUCGCCAACUAGAGAUAACAAGCAGCCAACUCAGAACGUGACAAAUGUUAAAUUGACACAUUUGUAUGACAUAUUGUGAAAAUAUGACGAUUUUUUGGACACCAUGUUGAGUGAUCUUGAUGUCCAGCAAGAGACAGACUGCUCUGUUUGUUCUGUAAAGCCAUGUUUUAUGCUAGAUUAUCAUAGUCACUUCACUUAAUCUGUUCUGUACCAUUUAUCUCUGCACAUCAGCAUACAGCAUAAUGGAGAAAAAACUGUAUUUAAAUGAAUGCCUGUUAAGUUUUAUUUAAAUCCAAAUGAUACUUGUUUUUGUAAUGCAUAAUUUGCAUUUAUGUUAAUAAUGAACUUAUUACACUAGCAUAUUUUUUAGUUUCCGAGAGAAAACACGGCCUCUGUAACUUUAGAAGUGUGUGCAUGAUGAGGCAGUUUUGUUUGUCAGUAUGUUUUCACACUACAUCAUGUGAUUUCAGGAACUGUUUGGUUGUAGCUUGUUUAAUAGGAAGUGCAUCAUUGUGAUAAACCACAGCUGAAUGUUUUGCAUCUCAUUGCACUAAAUGUCAAGCUGCUUUACACAUAUAUAACUUAUUUAAAGGUUAUUUUUGACCUUCGUUGUUUUGUGCGUUUUUAAGUAGCAAUACAUGUAGACACUGAAUUAAACAAUCAGUGGUUAAAAGUUGCCAUUGACCUUCACUUGUAGUACGCCUAGACACCAUGAAUUGAACAGUCGGCGGUGAAAAGUUGCCAUUCCCUUGUCAUGAUCCCAUAAGCAUGAUCUUAAUGGAUGUUACUAAGGUGUUCUUCCAGGGGAGGAACCUCCUCUCAAGUUUCUAUUAAUGUACUUUCUCUGGAGAUGGUUGUGCUUGCUCAGGCAGAAAGAUGCUCAUGCUGAAUUCACUUAGAGGAGAAAAGGAGUCAUCCCUGGCAGUAGGAAGAAAGAGAGAGAGAGCAUGAGCUUUCUGUUUUAAAAGCUAAAUGGAUGGGUAUGAAAGGCAAAGGCAGCAGUGUGGAGAUGCAGGCACGCCUGUCUGCCCAAAGAACAAGAGAAAGAAUGGCUGGGUUGACUAAUUGUGUUUUAAAGUGGGUCUGUGGGUACACAAUAGGGAAUCAGAUGGUUUUUAAGAUCCCCAGUGCAGCUCUAGAGGAUGAGAGAGUUGUCAGAUUUGUAGGUCAGGCUGCAGGGGUUGUUGUCAGGCAGACUCGCAGCAGUAGAGGUGCUUUCAUAUGGAGGGAUUUGCAUGACACUUAUCAUUUCUGUUAUAUUUUAAUUAGGGUUACAUACGCUUUCAUUAGUUUACAACCCCCCUGCACCCCUUCCUUUUCAUUUAUGUAUAAGUUGUGUGGUACCCGGUGAAACUGCAAGCAAAGAUUUUGGGAACCUCGUAGCUAGAGGAAGUGAGAUAAGAUCGUAAUUGAUUUCACACUUUACAGGGCAUUGUGCAAGCACAUCUUUAUUCCCAUCUGAUCUUUGGAGAAGGCUGACCCGGUUUCACUGUGUUAGGUGGGAGCGGGCCGAUCCGGAGGGACCUGUCCCUUACUGGCGCUGAUCUAAGGUUGUGAGGAAGGAGGGCACGAAACGUGUCCCCUCAUCCCCGAUCCAUCUCGCACCCUUGCCGUGCGAUUCUCUUAAAUAUUUGUAGGUCAUCCCGCACCUCUCCCCUUCCAUUUUUGGCGAAAAGGGCUGCCGGGGAUAUUUUGUCCCAGAAAAAAAAUAAUUAUCAGCCAGCCCUCCCUAAUUCUCAAUGAUUAUGAACAGGCUUAUUUAAGACGAAGGAUCAUGGUGGCUCGUGGUGGGAUGCACGUUGGAUUGAAACAGCUACGGGAAGUUGACAAGGAGUGCUACCCGCUGGCCACGGCUGAGGGCGUACAGGGCAGAGAGCUCGGGAGUCUGCUCCGCUGGGGUUAAAGUGUGCAGUGUGCACUACUUCCUGCCGCAGGUAGAGCUGUCACAGUGCAGUGCCGAGCUGUGUCAGACACUUGCUGUGUCCUUGCCUCACUGCUGCGAGAGCUGGAUAUCGCAAUCUUUCUCACGCGCGCGCCUAGGAAUCGUGUGUCCUGCCACCACCAUGGAGAAGGUAAGACGAUCCUGCGCUGUUGUCAGAUAAUGGAGUCAGUGUGUUUAAAGUUUACGAAUUGUCUUUGGGCUUGACAGUGGUUUGUUGUGACACACGACACAUGAUGUGCUGUGUGAAAAAUGCAUCUUUGGAAUAUGAAUAUUUUUGGCAUCCAUUUUACGAGCAGCUUUGCUCUUUUAUAACUAAUUAUGCAAGUGCCGACUACAAAAUGAACACUUUCACAGUAUUGGUGCUUUUGUAAUGAUAAUGAUUGUGUAAAAUAUUGAUUUAUACUCAAGCAGUUUAAAACCAUGAAAGAUGCUAAGCCUGUUCAGAUCUCCUUGAUCUGUGAUUGUGGCAAGCUCGUAUGACACCAACUCAACUGAUCCCAUUGUUGCUGAAUGCAAAAAAAGAUGCGGAUUUUGAAUGCUUGUCUGCUUGUGCUUCAGUGUUGUUCCGAGUGCUCAGAGCCCAGAAUGGCACAGAGCUUGUGCACCUUCUGCAACAAGUGGCUGUGUUUCCAAUGUACUGACCUGCAUCAGCACGAGAGGACCUCCACUCAACCCGCCGACCUGCAGCAUCAGCAGAGAGACCCUCCAUCACCAUCAGAAAUAGGAGCCGGUUGUUGCAGGCAGGCUGUUGUCAUGUGUCCUCUCCAUAAACAGGAGCCUUUGGAACUCCUCUGCGAAACGUGCGACCUCAUGGCCUGCAGCAUCUGUCACCUGUCCGCUCACAAAGACCAUCGGCUGGUGCACGUAGGGAAGGCACUACAAGACCAGCGCUGGCUCCUGCAGAACCUCAUGGCGCGCGUGGAGGAGAAGAGAUCAGCGGUGGAGCGCACGGCCAAACAGGUCCAGGGCAGGCUCCACGGUAUAAAGAUCACGCAGAGGAAGGCGGAGAACCAGAUUAAAAUGGCAAAGAUGAUUAUGAUGAACGAGCUUAACAAACGGGCCAACCUAUUAAUAGAACAACUGGAGAGUAUCUCCAGUGACUUCAAGCAACGUCUGGAGGACCAGCUGCAGGGGGCCAUAGAGCUGUGCAGCCAGCUGGAGCACGUGCAAAACUUCAUUACCUGGGCUACGGCCCACAACAGACACAAUCCACUGCUUUUCAGCAAAGAGCUGAUUGCUCUUCAGAUGCAGCAAUUGCUGGAGCCACUGAUGCUGUCAGAAUCCUGGGCCCCAUUGAAAAUCAAGUUCAACUGGGAUGCCAGUUUCUGGACCAAACAGAUGUCCACUUUAGGUCAGCUGGUGGUUGAGGGCGGAAGUCGUUCGUACACUGAGAUCGUCGGUCACCCCAGUAUCCUGCGACCUCAGCCUGUUCCUUGCAUAGCCAUGCCUCCUCUGUGCCACGCGGUGCGGGAACCUGGCUGUGCCUACCAGACCUUCUGCCAGCCCCAACUCUGCUGCCUUCACUGCAGACCUACCCAGUCGGUUCCUUUGGACAAGUACUCUGUAACCCUGGACAAAUACCCUGCUCAGUGUCCUCACGGCAACAGUCGGAGCUCCCCUCCAUCCCUCCACAGCUGUUGGGAGGCUGACGCAUCUGUCCCUGUGCACCCAUCCGGAGCUCAGCCCAUACAGCAGUCCACCUCUCACUGUGGAUCUGACCCUGUCCCGCAUGGAACCAGCUCUGCUUUGCAUCGCCAACCGACGGUAUCCAAGAGCCGCCCGCUGGCCGAACCGCUCCCUGCUGAUCAGAAUGUCACCGAUGCGAUAAGAUCUGAGCCCUGUGGGAAAGGACAAACAGCGGCAUCCAGAGCAGCUACAUCGCCAGAACCAUCACCAAACAGAGACCCUCUGCAGGUCCAGAAUCAGACGACCACAGAAACCAGCAACCAAGCCAUGGUUGAACUGCAGCCUAUAUUUGAUCGUAUCGAUGAUGGCAGGAGGUCCUCGGCUCCGGAGAUGUAUCCGCUGGCUCACGGCCGGGAAGGUGAUGGCCAGAGCCAUACCGCUACAGAGACGACGACCGGGUCUCAAAGCAGCCCGGCAGGACCCAGAGGAGCUCUUAAGAAGCCCUCUAAAGAUAGGCCGAGCAGAGAGGCUCAUAGCCUGGCAACAGUGACUGGGGACCAGGGAUGUAUGAUCUGCCCACGGCUCAUAGAGACAGAGGAUGGUGCUGAGAUCAUCCCAGGACCUCAGCGUUCAAGCGGUCACAGUGAAUCUUCUCUGACCACAUACAAGUCUGAGCCAGAUAAUGUGUAUGCAUAUGCCUAUGAAAAGAAAAGAAAAACUAGAAAGAGAAAGAGAGUAUCAAGAGAAGAUAUAGACAACAGUGACAAAGAAGCUUCUGAUAGUUCCAAGGUUCCAGUUGUGUGCCUUGAGAGACUCAAGAUCCUGGUAUCAAGACAUCCACCACAGAGCCAUCAGAAUACAGACCUCUCAUCAGAAACCUCUGAGUCUGGACUGAAACCUGAAAGAAGGGUGUUAGAGAGAGAAGCACCUUCUCAGGAAAUAUUGAGCCAGGAGUCAGGUCAGACAGGGGACAGCGUGCUGCCCGCAGAGCAGCCUUCAUCUGAACAUUUGCAUAGCUGUGGAUCAUCUCACACCCCUGAGGUUUCUCAUCCUGCCGUGCAUGAAUUACACAACAUAAACCAAGAGUCUGAGGUUCUGUCCACCUCCAGUGAUGCCGACCCUGCCCUACAACCUGACACAGAAGAGAUUCACUCUGAUCCUGAUCCUCCAUCUGAACCCAGAUCAGUGCCAGAUUCUGACUUUCAAACUGAUUCCACAACAGAGGCUGAACUGGGCUUAGAUGCAGAUGAGGAAUCAGAGCUCCAUCCGGAAUCAGAGCCAAGCGCUGAAUCCGAACUUCAAGCAGAAUCGGAGUCAGAUCUGGUGUCCGAGCAGCCUCCCGAAUCGGUGCUCUCGACUUCUGAACAGGAGCUCGAAUCAGAUCCAGAGUCCACAGCUGAAGUGACUCUGAACCUUGAGUCUGAAUGGGAGCCGGAGCAGGCCGUCCUCCCGCCCGCCACCAGCCCUGAGACAGUAUCAAAUGCUGCUGCUGAACCCGAGCCUACGGAGGAAAGACCUGAGAUCGAAAAUGAGGACUUCUGUGCAGUCUGUCGCAUUGGAGGAGACCUUCUGUGCUGCGACCGCUGCCCCAAAGUCUUUCACCUGUCGUGCCACGUGCCCCCACUGCACAGUUUCCCCACAGGCGACUGGAUUUGUUCCCUGUGCUGGGAUGUGGAGCAGCCAGAGGUGGAAUAUGACUGUGAGAAUGUGCAGAUGUCCACAGGCACGGUGCCAUAUGGACUGUCGGCAUGUGACCAGAGGAAAUGUGAGAAGUUGACGCUGAUGAUCCUCAGCAACAUUCUCAGUGCACCGUUUCAUGAACCUGUCAGCCCUCUGGCACGUCAUUAUUAUCAGAUCAUCAAAAAGCCCAUGGACUUGUCUGUCAUUCGGAACAGGCUCAACAGUAGCAGCCACAUACACUAUCAUUCCCCUAAAGAGUUUGUGGCUGAUGUCCUACUGAUGUUCAAAAAUUGUGGCAAGUUCAACUACCCGGACUCAGAGGUAGCUCAGGCAGGAUGCAGUCUGCAGUCAUUCUUCAUCUCUAAACUAAGGGAGGUCUUCCCACAUCUGAGAUGCCCUGUGCAGGAGGAGGAGAACUCAGACAGCGAGGAUUACGAGGAGCUGGAGAGAGCUGUUGUGAGCGGAUUCCCCUGGCCGGAGAGAAAGGAGCAGAGCCACAGGAAGAGGAAGAGGAGACCGUCUCUCAACUGGAGGAAAAAUCACUACUAGUCGUGCCUCUAGUUUGUAAAGAGACAUUAACAGCAGUUACAUCACUUUUUUAAGAUUCGGGUUAAAAUUCUGUACAGUACUAUGUGCUCUUUCUGCAGACUAUCUAAUUCUUAACACAUUAUAACCAGUUCUAAUUCAUGUUUUUUGCUGUAGCUGUGUUCACAUUAAGCCUAUACUGUAUCUCCAGACUUUGUCAAAGGUCUUGCACUAGUGCGUGUUUUAAUGCCUAUAUCAAAUUGCACAUUCAGUUUGAUAGCUGACUGGUUGCUGGCAACUGCUACUUAGUCAAUAUAGAGAGGCAAUGUUAAUAAUUAAUAGUGUAUAUUUGGUUAAUAUAUCCUCUGUCUUUUUAUCUGAAAAUCCCUUUUACAGAGAUAUAGUACCAUUGCCAACUGAUGUUUUAAUUGACCUGUAGAGGGAGCACUUCAUAUAGCCAGGGGCAACACAUUAGUUCAUAUUGGACUUUGGUAGAGUAUAGGUACAUAAUGUGAUACCCAUGGACCCGUCCUAGAAGGCAAGGAGAGUAAUAUUACACAGUUGCUCCUGUAUGUGAUGUUUUGGAUUGAUCUGAUGUUCACUGAGAGAAAUAUCCAAUCUUAUCACAAGAAUCAUUUUAAUAUCCUUUUAUGUUCUUCUGUGUGGCUCACAAACAGGUUAAUUGUAUCUCUUUUGACUUUUGUUAAACUGCUGUUAAUUGCUUAAAUAGCUGUGCAGAAUAAUGUUAAGUCUUUCUCUAAUGCUAUUUCCUAUCUUUUACAGAAUUGUCAGGAUUUAGUCAGUUAUAAUGGUGUAAAUAUGGUAUGGAAAAAUGUUUUUUCCCCUUGCUGUACAUAACAAUCAGCAUCACAUUUUGCUUUCUUUGUCUGAUGGCUUUAAAAUCACUAAACAUCUUUCUUUCUGUUUUUAAAGCUGUUUUGCAUAUGGUUUAUAUGAAUGUAAAAAUCUGUUAUUGUUUUAAAAGUAUUUUUCUGCUUUAUCACCAAUCGCCCGAGAGUAGUAAUUAGAAGUUGUUUUUAUUCACCUUGUUUUAUUGCAAAAUCACCAUGCAAGGAAUUAACUUCAGAAAAACAUCUGUAAUAUCUUUAGGCUAUAUGUAACACACACACGUUACAUUGUUAUUAUUAUUACGAAGACUUUCCAUUGUGUUUUUGGGUUUUAUGAUUUUUAUAAUGACCUAAUGAUAUUUUCUAACCCAAGCACUAAACCUAAAAGGUAAUCUUCAAUUUAGAGGUGUUUCGAACAAGUCUGAUGCUUGGCUCGUAUAUGGCUCAGCUUGGCAAGCUAAAACUAUGCCUCAUUUCAACGAAUCUGUUACAGGCCGGUUCCAACGAAUGUUUCUAAUUCAAUUAUGCUUGCAAGCAACUGAUUAAACCAUCAUGUCAACACUCAAAGCGUUAUUUGUCGAAAUAUUGCUUUAAGCACAUGAGAGCUACAGAAUAGCAGUGUUGGUAUUGGUCAGAUUGGAUAUGACAGACUUACUUGUUUUCUUGUACAGGAUUUAUUCCUCGUAGAGCUGAGUCUCACUGAAACUCCUUGAGAUUCCUAAAACUGUAUUGUGCGUGUGGAGUUCUGACAGAUUAAUAAAGUCUGGCUAUCCACCAGCACUGAGGCCAUAAACCAAGAAGAGGGCUCUGGAUAAUUUCAUUACAAGCGAAAAACAUUCUGUGGACAUCUUGGCCGUCUACACUAAAAUCAAUGAGUUUUUUCCACUUUGUGUUUAAUAUGUAAAAACAAAACCCUUGACUCUGCCAAUGUCUUCUGUACCAGGGUAACAGGACACUGUUUUUGUACACAGUAUACAAUCGAGACUUAUUUUGACAUUAAACAUCAGUUUGAUUUAUGACAUUUUUAUUGCUUUCUGUCAGACCUCCCAGCCAACAGCAAUAAUCCAGUUUCGUAU